AUGGAUCGUUUUUCUUGCUGGGUAGAAGUUGUCCCAAUCAAGGACAUUCAAGCCACCACAGUCCUUUGUACUUUCCAAGAAGCUUUGGUCAUCCGUUUCGGUGCUCCUAGAUUCAUUGCUACUGAUCAACGCUCACAAUUUAAAUGUGCCAUUUUCAAGGCCUACUUUUCCUUCGCAGGCUGCCAAAGAAAAAGAACUGUACCUUACCACCCUGCUGCCAACGACCUCAUUGAGCGCUGGCACUGUAGCUUCAAAGCUGCUCUCAUGUGCCACAACAGUCCUAACUGGGUAAAACUUUUACCAAUAGUUCUUCUAGGACUUCACACUGCCGUUCGAAGUGACAGAGGAGCUUCACCAGCUGAAUUUUUAUACGGCACAAUUCUUCGUUUCCCAGGCGAAUAUUUUGUCCCUCAUGACUUCUUUGCGAAUCCUCGAAUCUUCAUUGAAAACUAUCGUCAACACAUGAGGGAACUUAAACCUACGCCGGUAGAACAUCACCACUAG